CCAGAAGCUUCCCACAACUGAAAGGGUACGGACGUAUUUAAACAUGUUCAAGAUCUCGGGGUCACAUCUGCAAAAAGACCAUCACGCGGACGCGGAAGCGGAGUCUGGAAAUCGGGAGGGAGACGACGCUGCGCCAGAUCGCGGGAGAUGGAGCCGAGAGCUGCAAUCCACAGAUCCGGCGCCCUCUUACUCCUCGCCGCUGUCCUCGCAGCGGCCGCCUCCUCCGCAUCCGCCAUCGGGGACAAGUGCGCCGCCUGCAAGGCCGUUGCUGCAGAGCUAGAGAUUGGAAUUUCAAGUGAGAAACCAAGAAAUCACUUGGACCUGCGCAACCGCUUGAAUUCUAAAGGUCAGAGGGAAGGGAAGGUCAUUGAUUACAGAGUCAGUGAGCUUCGGGUUGUAGAACUUCUGGAUGGCCUGUGCGAUAAGAUGCAAGAUUAUACCUUGCAGAAGUUGGAAUCAGGCGAAAAAGGAUGGGUGAAAGUCACAGACUGGAACAGCUUUCAAACUGAAAAGAAGGCAGCAGCACGAGCACAUUCCAAAAAUCUGUCCAGCUUCUGUGGAAGGUUACUUGAGGAAACAGAGGAUGAGCUCUCUGAGUGGAUAAAAACAAGCUCCUCAGAAUCGGAAAAUGUGAGCAAGGCCCUUUGUGAAGAUAUUAGCAAACACUGUCAGUCCACAAGUGCUACCAUCCAGAUCGAUGAUGAACUAUAACAGGCCGCGUCCGUGGUGUUCGGCGAAGCAAGACAAGACGGCAGACUGGGAAAUGUCAAAGGCACGAAGCUCAAAUGGCCCCUGACACCCAGUUUAGUCAGACGUGAAGCUGCCAUAUUAGAUUUUUUGUGUCGAGCUCGCAUCCUUGUACUUCAAAAUAGGACCUAUAAUUCGUUCCACAUGAUGAUGUUCUUGGCCUAAAAA